UGAUGCUGGUUUGGAGGGAAGUUCUAAAGGCUUGUUUAAUCUUAUUCAGACUUUUGUGGCUGAGGAUGAGUCAACAUUAGCUUAAUUAAAACUCCAGGAGAAUAGCGUGAAUGAGACCGGCGCCUGGGCUGCAGCCAGAGACGAGAGGUCAGAGCUAGCGGCUCCCUCCCACACCAGCUCUGCUCCCGCCCACAUCCUCACUGCUCCAUCCUCAUUAGUCGCUGCCCCGUGCGCCCGGCGCCCAUUGGCUGCUCAGAAGAUGCUUUUCUCCCAUAAGAGGUAGCCCCUCUGGUCCGCAGGUGACCCUCUGAACUCCGGUGCCCCUGAGGUAAGUGGGUGAAUCGGGUGGCCCCUUCCCGGACCCCCGGCAGGGACAGGACCAACCUCCAGUAGGAGCCAGGUGGGAGUCCUACCCCUGUGGGCUCCAUUCUUCUUUCCUUAUAGCAUCUUUGGGGACAGCAGACUCUAUUCUUGAGGACCUCCUAUGUGUCAGUAGAGACACUUUGCCACGUCGGAUUUUGGCUUUGGAGGGAACCCUGUGAGGUGGAUGCAUCUUGUACUUUAUAGAUAAGGAUGAAUCUUGGAGUUCCAAGUGGGAACCCAUGUCUGUGUGACUCCUUGCCAGUGGGAACACACACAUUAAUCUUUCUUUUCCAUUUAAGGGGGACAUCUCUUUCCCUUCUCUCUCUAUGAAGGAAGCCCUCUCUUAAGCUCCACCAAAGGAAGGGGAGUCUCAGAUGCUAGGUCUCUCAGCACCUCACCUGCACUCUGUACACCAUCCCAUCACAGUUGACAGAGGCAUAGGUCCUUGAGAUUCAGAGCUAGUUUAUAGUCCAGGUGCAUGUAGCCAUGACUGAAUGUGACUUUCUGAUUUGCGCCCUAGCCAUCUUGGAGUGGAGGUGGAUGAGAUAAGCCCCAGAUGUUGCCAGGGUCACAUACUCAGUCACUGGAGUUUGCCUGUCCAUGCAUUGUAGCUACUGCCCUAGAUCAUUCUGCUCAUCCUGGAGGGAGGCAGCGUCUGCCUGGCCUUUCUGGAGAGUUCCUUUAUCUCCUGCAUGCUUGCCUGAGCCUUUUGUUUGUAUUUCAUCUCCACUUCUUUACCACUUCCCAUCUGGAAAAGAGAAUGGAGAUCCCUUGGGAUUCUUUCCGAACCAUUCCUCCUUGUAGCUUCCAACCCUGCCUUCUUCAAACUGCUCACACCUUCAGAAGCCUCGGCUAUGCUUCCUAGGUGAGAGAAUUCCAAGUUUCACUCAGUGAUGAUGAAGCCGAGGAAGCAAUUAGUUGGUGUGCAUGCAGCCUUCACUAUGCUCUGCCAAAUACCAAUCAGCUGACCUCCUUCUUGGCAGGUCUUAUCUCCAGUGCCAGGUCCUGUCCACUGGGACAUCUUCAUGCAGAUGAGCAGGAUCCCUCCCUGCCUUUGAAAAUGACUCCUUACCUUUCAGGAUGACCUCCUGCCUUUGAAGGCAAGCCUCUCCCUUUGAGGGUGACUCUCCCUUUUAUUUUACCUGGCUGCAAAGGGGCUCAAAGGGGGAAUAGAAGGCUAAAGGGGGAAAUAAGUACCAGAGAAAAUCCUGAGGUUCUGUUUCACCAGGUCAGGCCGAAAGUGUUCAGAACAACAGAAGGAUGUGUGCUGUCCUCACCUACUACAGCUGUGUGACCGUAGGUAUGUUAGUCUCUAGUUGAGUUUACAAAGAAAUCAGAAGGCCUGGUCUCCACUCCGAAGGAGCUUUGCAGCAUUUUAGAGUGCAAGACAUAUAUGGAUGAAGUGUGUGGGAAGCUACCCAAAUCCUGAUGGGAGAUGAGGUAGACCUUCACAGAGGAUUUCGUUCAGGACUGAAAUAACCAGAAAAACUGCCAGAGGCUGGCAAGCUUGACUGGUGAUCUCAAUGGUCAGAAAGAAGCAAAUGUGUUCUGAGACACAUCAGAUUCACCAUGAUCGAAGACAACAAGGAGAACAAAGGCCAUUCCUCAGAAAGGGGGAGAGUGACUCUCAUUUUUUCCUUAAAGAAUGAAGUUGGAGAGCUCAUAAAAGCACUGAAAAUCUUCCAGGAGAACCACGUGAACUUGUUACAUAUCGAGUCCCGGAAAUCAAAUCGAAGAAAUUCAGAGUUUGAGAUUCUUGUUGACUGCGACAUCAACAGAGAACAGCUGAAUGACGUCUUUCCCCUGCUGAAGUCCCACAUCACGAUGCUCUCUGUGGACUCCCCCGAUCAGCUCACUGUAAAGGAAGAUGUUUUGGAGACUGUUCCUUGGUUUCCAAAGAAGAUUUCUGACCUGGACUUCUGUGCCAACAGAGUGCUGAUGUAUGGUUCCGAACUCGACGCGGAUCAUCCUGGCUUCAAAGAUAAUGUCUACCGUAGAAGACGAAAGUAUUUUGCAGAGUUGGCUAUGAACUACAAACAUGGGGAUCCCAUUCCCAAGAUUGAAUUUACGGAAGAAGAGAUUAAGACUUGGGGAACCAUCUUCCGAGAGCUGAACAAACUGUACCCGACACACGCCUGCAGGGAGUACCUCAGAAACCUUCCUCUGCUCUCGAAAUACUGUGACUAUCGUGAAGACAACAUCCCACAACUGGAAGAUGUCUCCAACUUUUUAAAAGAAUGUACAGGGUUUUCCAUCCGUCCUGUUGCUGGUUACCUCUCACCAAGAGAUUUCCUGUCAGGGUUAGCCUUUCGAGUCUUUCACUGCACUCAGUAUGUGAGACACAGUUCAGAUCCCCUCUAUACUCCAGAGCCAGAUACCUGCCAUGAACUCUUAGGUCAUGUUCCUCUCUUGGCUGAACCCAGUUUUGCUCAAUUCUCCCAAGAAAUCGGCCUGGCAUCCCUUGGAGCUUCAGAUGAGACUGUUCAAAAACUGGCAACGUGCUACUUUUUUACUGUGGAGUUUGGUCUGUGCAAACAAGAUGGACAGCUGAGAGUCUUUGGCGCUGGCUUGCUUUCUUCCAUCAGUGAGCUCAAACAUGCAAUUUCUGGACAUGCCAAAGUUAAGCCCUUUGAUCCCAAGGUUGCCUGCAAGCAGGAGUGUCUCAUCACAACCUUCCAGGAUGUCUACUUUGUAUCUGAGAGCUUUGAAGAUGCAAAGCAGAAGAUGAGAGAAUUUACUAAAACAGUGAAGCGCCCAUUUGGAGUGAAGUACAAUCCGUACACUCAGAGCAUCCAGGUUCUGAGAGAUGCCAAGAGCAUAACCAGUGCUGUGAAUGACUUGCGGUAUGACCUUGAUGUCAUCAGUGAUGCCCUUGCUAGAGUCAGCAGGCAGCCCAGUGUGUGAGUGUCUGCAGUCGGAAUCCAGAAAGCAAAUGAGCAUCAGUUCAGAGCCAGGGCUGCCUCUUGCUUCCCCAGAAGACCAAAGUCUCUCAUCUGUCUGUAAUAAACCACUCACUGUCUUUGCAAAUGUACACCUGGAUUCUUUAGCCACUGCUAACUUCUUUCAUUUUGUCUUUUGGCACCUGCUUAGGUAAAUAUAAUUCACACACCAUGUGACUCACCAAAUGCCCAUUUAAAAUAUUUUAUUUCAUUAAAAUAUAGUUAAAUCAUUCUCCUCCUUCCCUUUCUUCCCUUCAACCCUGCUCCCCAAUAUCAUGGCCUUUUCACUGAUUUGCAUUUUUAUCGAGCAAGUUGUGUGACACUGGUCAGAGCUGGUCUCAUCUUGAUGCUGUUUCCCCAGUUUGUC